UGACUCACGUUCCGUAGGCUCUGUAUAGGACCGACCAGGUCCUGGCGGCAAUGCCUCCACAACCGAAUCGCGUCGUCGUCGCCGUCGUCGUCGUUAGUUCGUUUUUCUGCGAACAAAUCCUAGCCCAGGUAGACGGGAUCCCUCCAAGUGUCGAGACUUGAUUUCCAUUCGUCGUUCAGCACUCGGUCCGACCGGCAGGAUUCCUACGGAGCACAGUUUCGUUUCGAAGUUCCACGGUUCUGGGUCCCCCUUCUACCAUCAUUAGGCCCAUUAGUUGAUUUACUGCUCCAGUAUUGUUUUUAGGUUACCAGUCGCUUUCGGGCUUUCGCUUUGAUUUGUGUAGCAGCGGCUGUAGUACGUGUGCUUGUUUUCCCCUCUGGAGGUGCUUUAUGUUACUCAGUGCUGAUGUUCCCAUUUCCCGCGGGCUCCGUUUCCGCCCUGUGAAGAACCAACGGGAACCGAAAGGAUAAAGGAGUUUUAUCGGUUUUUUGCGCAAAUUUCGGAGCAGUGGUCGUGUGUCUUUUUCAUAUAUGAAUAAGUGCAAAAAGUUUAAAUUCAAAGAGAAACAUGACGCGCAAUAGAUUACUAUUGAAAGUGGUGGUUCAUGUGCUUCUGGUGGUGACCAUAUUUCGGCAAUGUGCGGCUCGUGAUCCACCCACGGUGGAGAUUCCCAACCAAGGUACGGUGAUGGGAACCUUCGUCAAAAUGUUUAGAACUCAACGAGUGAUUGCAUAUCUGGGGAUCCCGUAUGCCCAGGCUCCAACCGCCGAGAAACGUUUCGCGCCACCCGUGGUGGAUGGACUGCCCAGUUGGGAAGGAGUUAAGAACGCGUCCACCUUCGGGCCACAAUGCUGGGAAUCACCCCGGGAAACCCAUCGGCGCCAUGACCAGUUGUUCCUGGAGCUGAUCAAACCGGCCGCAGAUGAUGCCGAGAAGCAGUACGACGAGGAUUGCCUGUUUUUGAACAUUUUCGUACCGGAUGCCACGAUGCCGACCGAGGGCUACUCGGUGUUGGUGUGGUUCCCAACGGGGGACUUCAAUGGUGACACCCCCUUCCAGCUAAAUCCCUUCCAGAUGGUGUUCAAGCAGAAACUGAUCGUCAUCACCGUCCAGUACCGGUUGGGUAUCUUCGGGUUCUUCACCACAAUGGACGGUUCGGCGCCGGGCAACUUUGGCCUGAUGGACCAAUCGGCUGCCCUGCUGUGGAUCAAGCGUAACAUCAAGCUGUUCAAUGGAAAUGAGGCCUCAGUGACCAUCAUGGGUCACGGGACGGGGGCGGUCUGCGUCGGGUUGCAUCUGAUGUCCGGCGAGUGGACCGACGAGAUGUUCCACAAGGCCAUCAUGAUGUCCGGAAGUGUACUGCUAGAUUCGAUGGUCAAAAGCCCCAAGAUGUAUGAGUCGGCAGUGGACUUGAUUGCUACGGCCUUCGCGUGCUACCGACAACCCACGUCCAGUUUGAUCGAUUGCCUUCGAAGAGUACCACAGAUGCUUAUGGCGGAGAAAUCACCUGUUCUAGAUUGGGGACCGGUUGUAGAUAGCGGACUUAGCAAUAUAACGACCCCUUUUAUACCGGACUUUCCGAUGAUGUUGGUCCAUCAAGGAAAGUUGAGAAAGGUCCCUCUGCUGCUCGGACAUACCGAUAUGGAAGAAGGGCUCGAAUUGGCGAUGGGAGACAUGUUGGAGCACGGAAUUGGGGCGGAAAUGUUCGAAACCUUAUUAGGAGAUGCCGUUAUGAUGGAUUUGAACCAGUUGGACUUCAACGACACGCUUUGCGGGGGAAACAUGGACAUCGUGAUGGAUGCCGUACAGUUUCAGUAUAAGCCUUAUCCGCCAACGACGGAUCCGAUGAAGCUAAGGAGGCGUUACAUCGAGUUUGCGACGGAGAGAAAAUUUGUGGCCCCGACGAUAGAGCUGGCUAUGCACAUGAGUCAACUAGCUGAAACGUACGUGUACCGCUUCGACAUAAAGCCCCGGACCGAAGCGGCCAUGAAGGGCAUUCCCGAGUGGAUGGGAGUGCCGCACAACUUUGAACUGAUCUUCCUGUGGGGUCUUCCGUACUGGCUGAUGCUGGCGGAUGCGGCCCAGUGGGACAGUGCGGAUAAACGGGUGGCCGACAUCGUGAUGACCCUGUGGGCGAACUUUGCCAAGUUCACCAACCCGACUCAGGUCGGUGUGUACAUCAAGUGGGACACGUUCACCAACGACGAACCGGGCGUGUUAAUCAUCGACCGCUCGUUCAACAUGAGCGACCACUCGACGAUGAGCUUCGGGGCGGUCAAGUUUUGGAACCAGUACUACCCGAACGUGAUCCAGUUUGCGGCACAGUGCUGCAACGCCACCUACAUGGCCGGCACCGGCAACAGUUACCAGACGAUGUUGAGUAGUUCCGUAGUCUUUAGUGUACUAGUAGUGAAUUUUAUAUUGUUACAAUCAUUUAUUUACAUGCAAAUACAAUAUUUUUUCCAGACGUAACCGUCGGAUGGGGGAA